AAUACAUUUCAAAUAUAUGAGGUGAAAGUUAGUCUUCUAUGUAUUAUAAUUAUUUAAUGAAUUUAUUAAUUUUUUUAAAAAAAUACAAAAUCUAAGUUAAAACAAUUAAAUUCCUUUAAAUUCGUACUUAAUAUUGUAGCUCCGCCUUUUUGGGAAAUAAUUUUUUAAAUAUAUAUAUUUUUUCUUUUCUUUUACCUUGUUUUUAUUAUUCCUGUACUCCACUCCCCUGCAGAAAAUGCACGCUGAGAUCUACGUAAAAAAGGUUGGUAAUUUCUUCACCAAUUAGUAAUUGCAUGAAUUAUUUUUUUUUAUUUACUCAUCAAAGAUCAUAUUUUUCUUUUGUCAUUGAAUGAUUAAAUAAUAUCAAUCUACAUUGUCAUAUUGCUAUUUUAAUUACUGUGUUUGACAUAUUUUUAUCAUGAAAUUUCAGUUAUCUGCUCAGUGAAGUAGAGAUUGAUUUACAUAAAUCAUUUUGAAGGAAAAAAAUGUCUAGUUUUGUUGGUGUUGUUGUCUCUGAUCAAUGGCUACAGAGUCAAUUCACUCAAGUCGAGCUGCGCGGCCUCAAUUCCAACUUCCUAUCUGCAAGGAAUCAAUCCGGGAAGGUCACUUUGGGAGAUCUACCACCUAUGUUAUGCAAACUUAAGGCCUUCAAAGAUAUACUAAAUGAGGAUGAUAUUAAGGCAAUAUUUAGCGAGUCAUCAUCUGAUAUGAGUGAAGAAAUUGAUUUUGAAUCGUUCCUUCGGGCAUAUCUAAAUCUACAAGCACGGGCUACAGCGAAAGGUGAUUCAAAGACCAGCUCCUCUUUCCUCAAGGCAACUACAACCACACUCCGACACACCAUUAGUGAAUCUGAAAGGGGCUCAUAUGUAGCUCACAUCAACAGCUUUCUCAGAGACGAUCCGUUUUUGAAGGAUUUCCUACCGAUAGAUCCAUCUACCAAUCAACUCUUUGAUCUUGCCAAAGAUGGUGUUCUUCUUUGUAAGCUCAUAAAUAUUGCUGUCCCCGGAACAAUAGAUGAACGUGCUAUCAAUACCAAAAAGGUUCUUAAUCCAUGGGAAAGGAAUGAGAACCACACCCUUUGCCUCAAUUCCGCUAAGGCCAUUGGUUGUACUGUGGUCAAUAUUGGAACACAGGAUUUAAUCGAAGCAAGACCUCAUCUGGUUGUCGGGUUGAUUUCUCAAAUAAUCAAGAUACAAUUAUUAGCUGAUCUCAAUCUGAGAAAAACUCCACAACUUGUGGAACUUGUGGAAGAUAGUCAGGAAGUAGAGGAGCUUAUGAGCUUAUCUCCAGAAAAAGUCUUACUGAAAUGGAUGAAUUUCCAUCUUAAAAAAGCAGGUUACAAGAAAGAGGUUACAAAUUUCUCAAGUGACUUAAAGGACGGAGAAGCUUAUGCUCAUUUGCUCAAUACUCUCGCGCCUGAACAUGGUACGACCAGCACAUUAGAUACAGAAGAUCCAACUGAAAGAGCAAACUUGAUUCUUGAGCAAGCAGAAAAACUAGAUUGCAAAAGAUAUGUAACUCCAAAGGACAUUGUUGAGGGCUCAGCGAACCUAAAUCUUGCAUUCGUUGCACAAAUAUUUCAACACAGGAAUGGAUUGACAGCAGAUACCACAAAGUUGUCUUUUGCUGUGAUGAUGGAGGAUGAUGCUCAAACUUCUCGAGAAGAAAGAUGCUUUCGGUUGUGGAUUAACAGUCUUGGAACUGAUACUUAUGUGAAUAAUUUAUUUGAGGACGUGAGAACCGGAUGGGUUCUUUUAGAGGUACUGGACAAAAUUUCACAAGGAUUAGUUAAUUGGAAACAAGCAACAAAGCCUCCAAUUAAGAUGCCAUUUCGAAAAGUUGAGAAUUGCAAUCAAGUCAUAAGCAUUGGGAAAGAACUGAAUUUCUCCCUCGUAAAUGUAGCUGGAAGUGAUAUUGUACAAGGAAACAAGAAGCUCAUACUAGCUUUUUUGUGGCAGUUAAUGAGGUUUUCAAUGCUCCAAUUGUUGAUAAACUUGAAAUUUCAUGCCCUUGGAAAGGAGAUAACAGAUGCUGACAUACUAAAUUGGGCAAACAGUAAAGUGAAGAGUGUAGGGAGAAAAUCUCAAAUUGAAAGCUUUAAGGACAAAAGUAUAUCAAGUGGGAAAUUCUUUCUCGAGCUUCUAAGUGCUGUGGAGCCAAGGGUCGUAAAUUGGAGCCUUGUCACCAAGGGUAGAACUGAUGAGGAUAAGAAGCUUAAUGCAAAUUAUACAAUCAGUGUAGCUCGUAAACUCGGGUGCUCCAUCUUUUUAUUGCCUGAGGAUAUAAUAGAGGUGAACCAGAAGAUGAUGCUGACACUCACAGCAAGCAUCAUGUAUUGGAGCUUGCAAACAAAGACUGAAGAUUCAGAGUCCAACACUGCAGAAAACGCCAGUUCGGAGGCAUCUCCAGCAGCAGCCUCUGAUGGUGACAUUGCUUCCACAACUUCUGAAGUGGAAAAGGAGGUGCAAGAAGAAAGAUAAAUUUUGAAGAAAAGAAAUAUAUACAAAAAAGGUUCUUUCUGAUGUUGUCCUCAGUUUUGCUUUCAAGAGGACAUGUCAAGUGAAGUUGGUUAGUAGGACAGUUCCUCCUUUUCUUUUCUUUUUCUAGUAACCAUCUUGUAUCCGGUGUUCACUUGUCCGACUAAUUCAGAUUCUGCCCCCGUAAGAGGCCUAUUAAGGAGGGAGAGAGCUCCCUCUCUACCUUAUUUGGGGUUUUCUGGUAAAGGGUCGAGGGAUUCUUUCCGUCCCACUACAACUCAUGAUAGUUACAUGAAGCACAGUAGUACGUUAAUGCAUUCUUUUGAAGGUGAGUCUUGAGUAAUUGGUAAAGUUGAUGUAUGUGAUUAGGAGGUCACGAGUUCGAGCCAUGGAAACAGCCUCGUGCAGAAAUGUAGGGUAAGGUUGCGUAUAAAAGACCCUUGUGGACUGUUUUCUAGCCUUUCUCAUACCGAGAGCUUAGUGCACUAGGCUGCCAAUUUACUUAUAUGCAUCCUAUACUACACAAACCUAGUGAGGUUGAAAGCUGUGAAAAGUGAAGGCAAGUAAUUGUACAUCUUUAUAGAAUCAUUAGGCUAAA